CAUAAACAUAGCCAUGUGCAUUUGGCGGGUAGUUCUGUCAAUAUACAGAAGCAGAACUCAAUUCUAGGUGGAGUAAUAAUCAGUAAUGCCACCAAAGAGAAAAACAAGAGGAACUGGGAAAUCACAGACAGAUAAGGAAACCAAAGAGAAGUCAGAUAAUUAUGAUGUUGAAAAAACAGAAAGUAGCCAGAAAAGUUCUGUAAGAAGAAUUAAAAAUGAAACAAAAGAAAAGAAUGAAAAGAAGACACGUCCUGUUAGGAAAAGAAGAAGUGAAGAAAAUAUAGACAAAAAUGUGGUGCCAUGUAAACAGAAACGAAAAGAAGUAAAACUAGAAAAUUCUGUGUGUGAACAGAAAAGUUGGAAUGGAAAGAAAUCAAAAUCUGGCAAAUUGGUUCAGGAAGAUUCACAGGAAAAUAUGACUGCGACAGAAGCAAAGAGAAUGAGUAAAAAACAAAUAGAUUCUAUUGAUUCUUUUAACAACAAAAAAGCCUCAAAGAAAGUAUUAAAACAAAAAGGUGAAUUAAUGCAAGAUGGAAAAAAUAAGCCAGAACAGGAGGAUAUAUCUGAUGAAGGAAAAAUUGUUCAUGAAUCGUUGAAGAAGAGUGAUAGUGAAGAUGAUGAUAGUGAAGAUGAUGAUUUUGAGGAAGUAGAAGACAAGACUGUUAAGGAAGUAAAAGUGGAAAUGGUUGCCAUGGAAACAAAACCCGAUAUAUCACAACCUGUUGGUGUAAUGAGUGAUUCAGAUUGCUCAGACUUUGAAAAUGUAGAAAGUGUUGUUAAGUCCAAAAAAGAUAAGGCAAAAACAGUUAAAAAGAAGCCUGCAGUUAAAACAGUUAAAAGCAAACCUGCAGUUAAAACUCUUAAAACUACACCAUCAGCAAAGAGAAGAAGUAAAUCUACUUCCGAUGUAAAGAGCAAGUCUGGAACAAGAAAAAGGCAACAUGGAAAAGCUGCUGCAGAGGUAAAAUCUAAGUUCUCCAAGAUGGAUGGAGUUAAGCCUGAAGCAGACGUCCCUUCGGCUUCCCAAGUAGAGGAUCUCGAUGUGGGGGACGUUACAGCUGUCUUGUUGAGAAUGGAAGGCGCAAGCUGCUCUCAAUCAGUACCUUCAGGUCAAGGUGAAGGUGGGGAAAAGGUUAAAGGGUCAAGGUCAACAACUGAUAGUGAAGAUGAUGAUGAGGAGGAAGAGGAUAGUGAAGACUGGGAGGAAGUGGAAGAUCACAAAGGGAGCCCAUUUAAAUCUCAGAUUCCACAAGAGCCGGUGGAAAUCACUCUAGAAGCACCAGAUAUCAUGAGGAAGAAAAGGAAGAAGAAGAAGUUUGACUGGCUUGGUUAUAUUCAGCAAACAAUGAGAAGAUUUCAGAAGGAUGUUCGAAUGAACAUUCAUAAGGUGCAUCUUCUGUGUCUGUUGUCCCAUGGAUUCCAUCAGAGCAACAUCUGCAACGCUGACACGCUUGUGGCGCAGGCUGUCUCGGUCAUCCCUUCCAGGUUUUCCCGUGGCCCCACAUCCUGCAGCUUGGAGGGGUUGAGGCAGAUUGUGAAGUGGUUCCGAGAGGAAUUCCCCCUCCAGGCCAAGUCACAGUACUUUGAUGGUGAUGAGAACAAUCCUGGACUGAUUAAAGAAGCUCAGUUAGAAGCAGCCAUUUCAACCCGCCAGAUCUGUGAUGGCCGAGUUCUUGCGACUAUUUUCAUCAUUUUCUUGCGGACAAUGGGAUUUGAUGUACGACUGAUGAUGUCUCUCCAGCCAAUGGGAUUCAAGGUUAUGGAAGAAGAUAAGUUUAAAGUAAAGAAAAAUCCAAAACUGAGGACAACCCCACCACUUCAGGAACAACUCAGGAUAAAGAAGAAAACGGAGAAAAAGGAAAAACCAGUGUUGGAAAUACUAAAAGAUCAAAAAACUCAAAAAGUGUUUCUGCUGGACAAAAAAUUAAAUCUAAAUCCAAAGUUAUGGCGGACAAAGAUUCUAAAACCAAAGCCAAGAAUAAAAAAGCUGAUAACAAGUCUAAGAAGGGCAAGGCCAGCAAGGGGAAACAACUCUCGAAGAAGAAACUUUCUUCAGAGGACUCUGAUUCUGAUGGGGAAGAGAAACCCAAGAAGAUUACGGAAAAGAGAUGAGAAGAAAACGAUGAAAGAAGAAAUAGAUGGGAAUGAGUCUGGGUUUGAAGAAAGUGUUCCUAGUGACUGUGAUAGCAGCUUCUCAGAGGAGGAAUAUACUGUGAAGAAGCAGAAAGGAAAGCGAGGAGGCAAAGGAAAACAGAAAGCAGUGAAGAAGGAGAAGGUGGAGGAAGAGGUCGUUGUACAGAGCUCUGGGAGUGAGUUUAUGGAGGAAGAGACAUCCUUCCGAAGUCCCCUGAGGGAGAAGUUGAACAAGAGGAAGAAUAGGAAGGUUCUGUCUUCUGACUCGGAUGGCGAAGGAAGAUCUGGAAAUAAAGGUUGUGACAUCUGGACGGAAGUGUUCCUGCCAAAAGAAUCAAGAUGGCUGUGUGUUGACUGUGUGCACAAUAUUAUAGACAAGCCAUAUGAGAUAGAAUCCAAGCUGGUCCAACCAGUUCACUAUGUGAUCGCCUUCAGUGCAGGUGGGUACCUCCGAGACGUGACUGCCAGGUAUGCCUCUCAGUGGAUGUCACACACACGUAAACUGAGAGUCGAUCAAGAGUGGUGGGAUGAAACUCUGGAGAUCUACAAGAACCCAGCUCCUGAGCAUGGGGAUAAUGAUGAAGAUGAUAUAAGAGCCCAGCUCAUGAAGAGACCCCUGCCAACAAGCGUCGGCCAGUUCAAGAAUCAUCCACUGUAUGCACUGUCUCGCCAUCUGCUGAAGUACGAGGCCAUCUUCCCAGAGUCCUCUAUCCCCCUCGGUUACAUCCGGGGUGAACCUAUCUACGCCAGAGAGUGUGUACACACUCUCCAUUCCCGAGAGAACUGGCUGAGAGAAGGGAGAGCGGUCCGGCUGGGUGAAAGUACAUAUAAAAAUGUGAAAUCAAGGAAGAGAUGGAAACAGAAACUUCUUAAUCCAGAUCCUGAUGCCCUUGACCUUGAGCUGUUUGGACUUUGGCAGACGGAGAUCUACAUCCCGCCUCCUGCUGUUGAUGGCAAGAUUCAGCGGAAUGAGUAUGGGAACGUUGAGCUGUUCAAGCCGUGGAUGUUGCCGGGGGGAACCGUGCACCUGCAAGGAUUCCCAGCUCUGAACCGAGUCGCGAAGAAGCUGUACCUGGACGUUGCACCAGCCAUGGUGGGGUGGGACACUCACUGCGGUUUCUCUCAUCCUCUGAUUGACGGCUGGAUCGUGUGUGAGGAGCACAAGGACAUCCUGAUCGCCGCAUGGGACGAGGACCAGGAGAUACAGAAGCAGAGGGAGAUUGAGAAAAGGGAGAAGCGGGUGCUAGGCAACUGGAAACUGUUGACACGAUCCCUCCUCAUCAGAGAGAGGCUGAAGAAGCGAUUUGAUCUGCAGGAUACAAAUGCCGAGGAGGAGAUGGAGGAGAAAGAGGAUUGUGGGGAGGAGAAGACGGGAAAGGAAGAGAAGGCUGUAGACGUUGUUCAGUCGUGGCCGGCAAACAGGCAGAAGGGGAAGCACAAAAAACUGUCUGAAAACACUGAAACCAUGUGAUCUGUGGAACUGUCAGUGAGAUAUGUUUGUGGGGCUGUGGCUGACAGUGAGAUAUGUGAAUGGUUGAAGCCAUCUUUGAGAUAAACAAACAGCUGUAGCUAAUUAUGAAAUGUUUGAACAGUUGAAGCUGUUAUUGAAAUACAUGAACAGCUAAAGCUUUCAGUUAGAUGUGCUGAACAGUUG